GAGAAAAGGAAAAAAAAAGUAGCUGCAAUCAGCUCGGAUAUAUGUUGCUGUUGAUCAGUUUCUUGUCGCAUUCUUGAUACUUCAUCAGUUUCCAGGUUAAAGUGACAAGAAUCUAAUAAUCUCCUGUACAUGUUGCAAAUAUUUUGAGGUGUAGAAUAGCAGAUAUAUAACAUGGGGGAAGGCUUAUGGAUUCUGUUCUGUAAUAACUCUAACUGUUCACUGGAAACUGGGAGGACAUGCAGUUCUGGUUUUUCAGCAAUACUCAAUCCAUAUUCAUGUGUCAAUCAUGCUUUCAUCAUUUCUGUUGAUAUACUGCUUCUGUUGCUCGCCUUACUCAUCAUCAUUUAUAAAUUUUCCAUAAAGAAGAUUACAGCACCUUUCCAGUCACAACACUUCCCUUCAAUGCCAAUUCUCUCAGCAAUAUUUAAUGGCAUUUUGAGUAUUGCCUAUUUGGCCUUGGGGAUAUGGACCAUUUACCAGAAGCUUGAUACAGAUAAGACAGUUUUACCUCUGGAUGGAUGGCUACUGCUGCUAUUUCAGGGAUUCACAUGGCUGCUUCUAGCCAUAUCUGUGAGCCAGAAGAAGCUAAACCUUCCAAGUAUAACAGCAGUGAAGUCUUGCUCAAUUUUUGCGUUCUUAUAUGCAGGAUUUCUCUGCAUUUCAUCUCUACAAGAAGCUAUUGUAGACAAAACAGUGUCAAUUAAGAUCGUUUUGGAUGUUUUAUCUUUUCCUGGAUCAAUUUUAUUUCUAUCAUGCGCCUUUAAAGGACACAGUUUGAAGGACACUGAUCCGGACGGUAAUUUUGAUGCUUUCUACGCACCUUUGCAAGGUGAGGAACAUGAUUCAAAUGAUGAAAUCGGUUCCAACCAUAACAUUACUCCUUUUGCCAAAGCUGGGCUUUUAAGUAAAAUGUCAUUCUGGUGGUUGAAUCCUAUACUGAAAAAGGGUAAGGAGAAGAUUCUGGAGAACAAAGACAUUCCAACUUUGCAGGAGGCAUGUCGAGCACAAGCAUGCUACUCAAAGUAUAUGGACCAACUGGGCAAAGAAAAACACAGAAGACCAAGUGGUUCACCUUCUAUGUUGUCAAUAAUUAUAUCUUCUCACUGGAAAGCUAUGUUUACUUCUGGGUUCUUUGCAUUGAUCAAGGUUGUCACACUAUCUACAGGUCCACUGUUUCUUAGGGCUUUUAUUGAGGUUGUUCAAGGUAAAGAAGUCUUUAAGUAUGAGGCUUAUAUGCUGACUGUUGGCCUGCUCAUAGCAAAAUGCUUGGAGUCCCUAUCUGAGAGGCAAUGGUUCUUCCAAACAAGAGUAGUUGGAAUUCAAGUAAGUUCUAUGCUAUCUGCAGCAAUAUAUCAAAAGCAACUGAAACUAUCAAAUGCUGCUAAAAUGACUCAUUCUCCUGGUAAGAUAGUGAGUUAUGUCACAGUAGACGCCUAUAGAAUAGGUGAGUUCCCAUAUUGGUUUCAUCAGAUAUGGUCGACAAGCCUUCAGUUGUGUUUAGCAUUGUUCAUUGUAUACGCUUCUGUGGGACUGGCAACUAUUGCUGCAUUAGUUACUGUAACAUUAACAGUGAUUGCAAGUUAUCCACUUACCAAAUCACAGCUUGAAUAUCACAAGAAACUCAUGUUGGCACAAGAUAAAAGGCUUCAGGCUAUUGCAGAGGCACUUGCAAAUAUGAAGGUCUUGAAGUUUUACGCUUGGGAGACACAUUUCAAGAAUGUUAUUGAAAGGUUAAGGAAAGAUGAAUUCAAAUGGAUAUCAGGAAUCCUGUCACAAAGAGGGUACCAUCUAGUGUGUUUUUGGUCUUCCCCAAUUAUAGUGCCCACUGUUACUUUCUGGACUUGCUACUUGCUAGGGAUUCCACUCAAUGCCAGUAACAUUUUCACAUUUUUAGCAAGCAUUCGCAUUGUUCAGGAGCCAGUUAGGCUAAUCCCUGAUGUUGUCCAAGUGUUCAUUGAAGCAAAGGUUUCCCUAGACCGGAUUGUGAAAUUUCUUGAGGCACCAGAGUUGGCAAACAGAAACCUACAGCAGGAAUCUAAUGACGAAAAGUUUGACCACUCCAUUUUCAUCAGGUCUAAUGAAAUUUCUUGGGACCUUAAGUCUUCCUCCAAACCUACCUUAAGAGAUAUAAAUCUUGAGGUUAAACCAGGAGAAAAGAUUGCUAUUUGUGGAGAGGUUGGCUCAGGAAAAUCAACUCUUUUAGCUGCUGUUCUUGGAGAAGUUCCAAAAGUCAAUGGCACAGUUCAUGUAUAUGGGAAGAUAGCAUAUGUUUCACAGGCAGCAUGGAUACAAACAGGAAGUAUCCAAGAAAACAUUCUUUUUGGCGCUGCGAUGGAUCCGGUCAGAUAUGAAGAUGUGCUCGAGAAGUGUUGCCUGGUAAAAGAUCUGCAGAUGCUUCCUUUUGGGGACCUCACUGAAAUUGGAGAAAGAGGAGUUAAUCUGAGUGGUGGACAGAAGCAGAGAGUUCAACUGGCACGUGCAUUGUAUCAGGAUGCAGAUAUCUAUCUGCUGGAUGAUCCAUUCAGUGCUGUAGAUGCACAAACUGCAACAAGCCUUUUUAAUGACUAUGUCAUCAGAGCUUUGUCAGGUAAAACGGUCUUGCUUGUGUCCCACCAGGUCGACUUCCUCCCAGCUUUUGAUUCUAUCUUGUUGAUGUCUGCUGGAGAAAUUAUAGAGGCUGCUGCAUAUGAUCAGCUGCUAGCUUCAAGUCAAAAAUUCCAGGACCUUGUGAAUGCACACGGUAACACAAUUAAGUCUGAAAUGGAUCAAACCUUGUAUUUUGAUAGCGGGAGAGCUAUGACAUCUAAAGAUGUGAUCCAGAAAGUACAUGUUAAGGAACAGCCAGUAGGGCCUGCCGGAGAGCAAUUAAUUAAGCAAGAAGAAAGAGAAACAGGAGACACAGGUUUCAAGCCUUACAUGCAGUAUUUGAGACACAACAAGGGCUUUCUAUAUUUCACCUUGGCAAUUUUAUUCCACGUGAUAUUCAUAGUUGGGCAGCUAAUACAAUACUACUGGUUAGCAGCUGACAUCCAAAAUUCUCAAGUAAGCAGGAUGAAGUUACUUACAGUUUUCUCAGUGAUGGGUUGUGCUUUAGCAAUCUUUUUGCUCCUGAGAUCCUUUUACGUAGUUCUUCUUGGUUGUGGAGCAUCAGAAUCUAUUUUUUCCACACUGCUAAAAUCUCUUUUCCGGGCACCAAUGUCCUUUUACGACUCAACACCUUUGGGAAGGAUACUAAGUCGGGUGUCUUCUGAUUUAAGCAUCAUCGACCUUGAAAUGGCUUUCAAAUUAUCAAUUACACUUGGAACAACCAUGAAUACCUACUUUAGCCUUUUUACAUUGGCAAUUCUCGCCUGGCCAGUAGCAUUUGUCAUCAUUCCCAUGGUUUAUCUGACUAUACUAUUGCAGAGACACUACUAUGCUUCUGCGAAGGAAUUGAUGCGAAUCAACGGCACAACGAAGUCUUCAGUUGCCAGCCACCUUGCUGAAUCCAUUGCCGGAGCCAUGACAAUCAGAGCUUUUGGGGAUGGAGACCGAUUCUUUUUAAAGAAUAUGAACCUGAUUGAUGCCAAUGCAAGUACAAACUUUCAUACUUUUUCUGCAAACGAGUGGUUGAUCCACUGUUUGGAAAUACUGUGUGCAAUUGUUCUUUCAUCCUCAGCCCUUGCCAUGACCUUAAUUCCUCUUGGAGCAUCUGCAUCGGGGUUAAUUGGAAUGGCACUGGCAUAUGGCCUUUCAUUAAAUGUAUUCCUUGUUGUGUCUGUAAAAUUUCAAUGUUUGCUAUCAAGUUCAGUUGUUUCUGUAGAAAGGCUAGAGCAAUACAUGCAUAUUCCUAGUGAAGCUCCAGAAGUAAUUGAAGCCAACCGACCUCCACACAACUGGCCUUCUGUUGGCAGAGUGGAGAUUUACAAUUUGAAGGUUAGAUAUCGUCCUAGUGCUCCACUAGUUCUUCAAGGCAUCAGCUGCAUAUUCGAAGGCGGAAGUAAAAUUGGGAUUGUUGGCCGGACUGGCAGUGGAAAGACAACUCUUAUCAGUACUUUGUUCCGCCUGGUAGAGCCUACAGAUGGAGAAAUCAUCAUCGAUAACCUUAACAUCUGUACAAUUGGGCUCCAUGAUCUGAGAUCACAUUUGGGGAUCAUCCCUCAAGAGCCUACACUUUUUGGUGGUUCCGUCAGAUACAAUCUAGACCCCGUAGAACAGCAUGCUGAUAAUGAAAUAUGGGAGGUUCUUGAAAAGUGUAAACUCCGAGAGGCAGUUCAAGGGAAAGAAGGCGGCCUGAACUCCUUCGUUGUACAAGAUGGAUCAAACUGGAGCGUGGGGCAGCGGCAAUUAUUCUGUCUGGGACGUGCAUUGCUGAAGAGGAGCAGGAUACUGGUGCUUGAUGAAGCCACUGCAUCAAUCGACAAUGCGACCGACUCUAUUAUCCAGAAAACUAUAAGAACAGAAUUUGAAGACUGCACCGUGAUAACCGUGGCUCACAGAAUACCAACCGUGAUGGACUGCAAUAUGGUGGUCGGCAUUAGUGACGGGACAUUGGUGGAGUACGAUGAGCCAAAGAAGCUGAUGAAUAAGAAGGGAUCGUUGUUUGGACAGCUAGUCCAGGAAUAUUGGUCACGUUCCGCUAACAAUGGUACAAGUCCAGAAGAUUGGUAUUAAAGCGUUAAAAGACAGGCUUUGCCUGGUGGAAAACUUGUAAUUUGAGUGGUCAAUUUUCUUAAAGGGUUUGUCCUUAUGAUAAUGGAGUGCAAUUUGAAGUAACUUGAAAUGAACAGCAACCAGCAAAUCCUCCAUGUCCAUUGGUUCUUAACCAGUUUUAACACUUUCAAGGGAGAUUAUUAGCAGUU